AUGCGGUUGUCUUCGCUCCUCACGUUGGCAUGUGCCAUUACAGCUUUCAUCCUUUCCAUCCUCUGUCUGCUUGCUGGCGAUAGAAGGACGUUCCUGCAAGAUACCGAUAUAUUGACACUCAAUAUCUCGCGACUCGGUCAUGGGAAUCUUUUCGACACCUCAAGUGGCGACAGCGGCUUGCUCUCAGGUCUGAGCAGCACCAUUCAGCAGGAUAUCAACAACGUGAUCGGCGAUGCAGCCACUGAUAUUGCCACGCUUCUCGGCUUGCCUGACUUCUUCAAUGUCCAUGCCACAGACUAUUGCCAGGGCACCUAUUCACCCAACUCGACUGCGCAAAAUGCAAGACAAAACGUGACAGAAUGCUCGAAGUCGACCUUGGGCUUCCACUUUCAGCCGACCGAAAUUGUCCAGCAGCAUUUGCCUGCCGGAAUCACCUUGGGUGAUAUCCACUGGCCAAGCGACAUCACAGAUGCAGAACACACUAUCAAAGUCGUCAGCCGCAUCAUGGUCAUCUUCUAUAUUAUCGGGAUAGUCUUGUCCGGGGUUGCCAUGUUCACCGCUGCUGCUGGGAUAUUUACCAACGGACGACUUUCAGCGUUCUUCAACUGGUUGGUGGAUGUGCUUGCGUUCCUUACGCUGGGCGUCGCCUCGGCUGUAGCAACGGCCGUGGCGGUCAUCGCAACCAACAGAAUCAACAAAUACACCGAUGAAAUUGGCAUAGCUGCAACCAGAGGUGGGAAAUUCCUUGGAAUAACAUGGGCAGCCACGGCACUCAUGCUGCUGGCUUCGUUUGUGUCUAUUGUUCAAUGCUGCGUGGGACGACGGAGACCCAAACGAUAUGGCGAAAAGGACGGGUACUGA